GUUAACGUUUUACAUUUUGACACUAAAAGUUAGUAGGGCUUAGACACCGCGAAGAACGAAAUGGAAGCCGGCAGCAAACGCAGACGAACUGGUGAAGUUAUUUCCAACGACCUUAACAACAGCAACAACAUCGACCUCUGUCUACUCGAAGCAUUGGAGAAAUCUCAAUCCGCUGUCGAAGCUCUUGACCUUCGCGCUCUCAAGAAGCUUGUCCUUUCUUUCGAGCGUCGUCUUAAAGAGAACAUUGAAGCUCGUCUCAAAUACCCCGACCAACCUGACCGAUUCGCCGACACCGAGGUCGACCUCCACGACGAGCUCGAGAAGCUCAAAGUCCUCGCCGGCGGUCAGUUGUACCCUGACCUUGUUAAUCUCAACGUCAUUCCCUCUAUUUUAGGUCUCCUCUCUCACGAUAACACCGACAUUGCAAUCGAUGUCGUUCAUUUGUUACAAGAUUUGACGGACGAGGAUGUCUUGGAGGAUAACGAUGAAACUGCACGCGUCUUGGUGGAUUGUUUGAUUGAUAAUAAUGUCUUGGAGUUGUUGGUUCAAAACUUGCAUAGAUUAUCGGAUUCGGAUCCGGAUGAGAUGGCGGCUGUGUAUAAUACGUUAGCUACAAUUGAGAAUUUGAUUGAGGUGAAACCCUCGGUUGCUGAAUUAGUUUGUGAGAGGACGAAGUUGUUGAGGUGGUUGUUAGGGAAGAUUAAGGUGAGAGAAUUUGAUAGUAACAAGCAGUACGCCUCGGAGAUUUUGGCCAUUUUGUUACAGAACAGUACGGCUAAUCAGAAGAGGUUAGGUCAGAUGAACGGUGUGGAUGUGCUUUUGCAAGCUGUGGCUAUGUACAAGUCAAAGGAUCCUAAGAGUUCUGAUGAGGAGGAGAUGUUGGAGAAUCUAUUUGACUGUUUGUGUUGUUUGUUGAUGCCUUUGGAGAAUAAGGAGAGGUUUGUUAAGGCUGAGGGAGUGGAGCUGAUGAUUAUUAUUAUGAAGCAGAAAAAAUUGGCUUAUGGCUCAGCAAUAAGGGCGCUUGAUUUUGCUAUGACCAAGUAUCCGCCAGCUUGUGAACGCUUUGUGGAUGUUUUGGGGUUAAAGACUGCUUUUGCUGCUUUUAUGGGUAAGAUUCCCAUGAGCAAGAAGAACAAGAAAGAGCAAUACCAAGAGGAGUUAGAGGAGCGCCUUGUGUCCCUAAUUGCAUCAUUAUUUGGUGGAAUUUUGAGGGGUUCUAGAAGGGAAAGAUUGUUGAAUAAGUUUUUGGAAAACGAGUGUGAGAAGAUAGAUCGUCUUAUGGAGUUGUAUAUGAGAUAUUCAGAUAGAGUUGCAGAAGAGACUGAACGAAUGAAUGAGCUCGAAAUUGAUGAUUUGGAGAUGGAUGAAGAAGAAAGGUAUAAUCGGAGGCUUGAAUCUGGACUAUACACUCUCCAGUUAAUUGCUAUCAUUCUGGGUCAUCUUUGGUACUCUGAUUACCCCCAAAUGAGAGCAAGAAUUGAGCUAUUACUUAAGCAACAAAAGCUUACAAAGAAGGAAGUUAAGGAUAUACUUCAGGAAUAUCAUGACAACAUCGGGGAAUUGGAUGGACCAGAGGAGAAGGAGCGAGCACAGUCCAGAAUCCAGAAGUUCAUCUCUGCUUUUUGAUAAUAUAUUUUAGCAGCUGGCAUGCCAUAAGAAAACUUUAUGCUUUGGUUAGGCCCUAGUUGUGUAUGAUUCCAGAGUCCUGAAUUUGAUUAUGUGCAAUAUAUGGUCGAUCUAUUGUUCAUUUGAGUGCUUUGUUCCUGAAUUAUUUUGGAUGUAAAGCUGAAGCUUUUUUUUUUAUAAUUAUUUUGCAGCUUAUUGAUAUCCUUAAAAACAACAAUUUAUUACUUUAGUUGAGAAUUAGCAUACAAUCAUGUCAUUUGCCACA